AUCAAAAUGGCGGACUUCUAACGAAUCCACAAUCAAAAUAAUCUCAAAAAAAACAAAUGCUUUUUACACACUUUGUACAUAAUAUUUGAUAUAAAUGAGGCUUCUYAAGCCUAACUGGGUCUCCCAUGAUGGGAGACCAAUAUUCUCAGUUGAUAUUCAUCCUGAUGGCUCAAGAUUUGCUACUGGAGGCCAAGGUGAUGAAUGUGGWAAAGUGGCAAUCUGGAACAUGGGUCCAAUCAAAAGUGAAGAAGAAGAGCUUAAUGAUGAUAUUCCAAAGUUACUUUGUACGAUGGACAACCAUCUUGCAUGCAUCAAUUGUGUGCGCUGGUCCAAUAAUGGGAAAUACUUAGCAUCAGGAGGAGAUGAUAACUUGGUCAUGAUAUGGCAGAUGACAAGAUAUCAUGGCCCAAUGACAACAUUUGGAGGAGGCAGAGGAAAACUGAACAUUGAACAAUGGAGAUGUGUUCAUAACUUAAGGCAACACAGUGGAGCUGGUCUUGUGAAGGGCGUCACCUGGGAUCCUGUCGGCAAAUAUCUUGCAUCGCAAGCUGACGACAAGACCCUUCGCGUCUGGAGAACAAGUGACUGGCARCAAGARACAUCAGUAACAGAACCCUUCACWGAAUGUAGUGGUACUACCCAUGUAUUGCGCUUGAGCUGGUCACCAGAYGGACACUAUGUUGUGUCRGCUCAUGCUAUGAAUAACUCUGGUCCUGUGGCCAAGAUCCUUGAGAGAGAUGGCUGGAAGAGUAGGAUGGACUUUGUUGGGCACAGAAAAGCAAUCACUUGCGUGAGAUUUAACCCCAAACUAUUUGUGAAAAAGGUUAAUGGAGAUUCAACAAGAUUAAAGCAAUAUUCGUGUUGUGCUAUUGGUUGCCGUGAUCGUUCUUUAUCCAUUUGGUUAACAUCACUGAAAAGACCUUUAGUUGUGAUUCAUGAUCUAUUCAACCAUUCUGUUAUGGAUUUGUCUUGGAGCCAGUCAGGAUUCGAGUUGUUAGUUUGUUCAUGGGAUGGGACUGUAGCUUAUGCAGAUUUCUCACCUGAAGAGCUUGGGAAAGCCAUGUCACAACAGGAGAAGGUAUCUAUGAGUAACUCAAGAUCUGGUUUCCCAAGUCCCAACAGUGCAAGCAAUUUGAGUAUAAAUGUACGAGAACAGCAGAAAGAAACGCGAACUAAAGAUGGGAGGAGAAGGAUUACUCCAGUUUUAGUGGCACAGAUGGAUGUCAACGAUACUCCUCUACCGUAUGGGAGCAGCCAGACAGCACCGGCGCCAUCAGCAGCACCAGCAGCACCAGCACCAGCACUGGCAACAACCUCUGCCAGUGCAACUGAUCUGACUAAGAUACCAACAUCACAGAGUCUGUCUGCGUUACACUCUAGAAUCGGAGAACAGUCAACCACAGGUUUUAAGGAAAGCUCUAAAGACAUCAAGAUCACAGAAAAGUCAACAAUAUCGUUUGUCAAAGCAACGACAACUACGACCAAGAGUACUUCAUCUGCCGUCCACUCAUCACCAUUAAAGACGACAUCAGUGACCCAUCAUCCAUCGCCUACCAAGUCCAACGCUGCCAGUCAUCAUGCGUCUCCUUCUAAAAGUGUAUCAGCAUCAUCCACGAACAGUGCGGCUGUGACGGUAUCGGUGAAACGCAAGGGUGAUGCGACUGUUACUGGAACUGCAAAAAGAGUACGCAAGGACGCAAAGGAGCAAGCAACCAAGUCCUCCAGCACGUCUUCCUCUCGUCAACGAGAAGACCAUGCUCACCAUGAUGACAGCAUCGCUACGGUGUCUUCCGUACGGCACACUGUCUGCAUUCCAUCACCCGCUGCAGAAAAAUCUCUGACUGUACAGCUCGCUGGCAGCGGUACAGAUAUCGUCACGUUGGAGCUGGAAAACAAUCUCGGCUCAUCAGUCAAUGCUGUCCAUAUCGUCAAAUGUGUAUCUGCUGGCAAGGUAUCUUGGGAAGCAAUGUUGACCAGUCCUGGUAUCGCUUUGGCAGGCAACAGAAAUGUCGUUUGCGUAGCUUGUGCAAAUAAAAGUCUAAACAUAUUUUCAUUCGGAGGAAAGAGAAUAAUGCCAAUCCUCAUACUGGAUGCAACAGCAUCCAUCUUGCAAUGCAGUAGCAACUACGUCAUGACAGUGACGUCAUCAGGGGGCGUGUAUGUCUGGGAUUCGAAACUUUCUACUGCUGUGAUCAAAAACGAAUCGGCUCUUGCAGUCUUAUCAGGCCACGACAUCACUAUCGCGCGAACCAGUAUCACAGACAAAGGUCAUCCAGUCAUCACUCUCUCGAACCAGUGCUCUUACUCAUUUGAUCCAACCGUGGGAACUUGGAUACAACUUGUUCGAGCUGAUGACUGUCUGGCUUUGAAUGCUGACUACAAGGCAAAUGCACCCAGUCAAGAUCCCUUUGAUAUUAGAGGCCCUCUAGCUCAACUCCAGGGCCAAAGCACGAGGCUGGCACAUCAAGGUGGUCGAAUGUUUCGUUCUAAUCCUGGACGUCAGCAGACUGCUACUGUUUCUCAUUUGGAGAACCAAUUGUCCGCGUGCGUGGCGCUGGGGUCUGGUACAGAAUACCAUUUUUGGUUAAUGACGUAUGUUCGCUAUUUAGUUCAAGCAGGACUUGAGUCACGUCUUCGAGAAGUUUGUGAUGAAUUCCUUGGACCCCCGUAUAGGUCAAGUCUACAUAGCAAGAUUUCAGGGUGGACCCCAAGAAUAUUGGGAUAUACAAAGAGAGAAUUGCUGGCAGAGAUCCUGCCUAUUAUUGGUACAAACAUUCGACUUCAGAGGCUGUUUACUGAAUACAAGGACCAGUUAGAUGCCGUGGAACCUCGGUGACAGGACCUUAUUACCGUGACGGUUGCUAACAAGAACCAAGACUAAAGGCAUUCGUAAAGUAGACUUACAUACCAUGGCGCAUGCGUGUAUUAUAUCUCAACGCUGACGCAUGAAAUGCGAGGCACUUGGCAAAAAUACUCAUGAUAUACUUCGAUGCGCAUGGGUGAAUUAUGUGUACGCGCUGACCCAAAAUUGUAAGAAAUUCUCCAUUGCGCAUGCGUGCAAYACAUUUUGGCGCUGACCCAAAGCCUGUGAAUUUUCAUCUCAGAAUGUAAGGACUGCCGUGGUAAGAGAGGCAUAUGAACUCUCUGAGAGGGGGCGAGGACGUGAUAUUUUGAGCAAUCUUUUGAUUGUUUCUUGGCAGAAAUCUUCUAUUUCAUAAUUUAUUACGCUGUUUAUAUAUGAAGGGUAGGGAGACUAGACUAACUUUUGACUUCAAAUUAUUAUUACAGUUUAUAAAAAUGUCUUUGAAGGGAGGGGAGGGAGGGCACGUGAUGGGAUGUUUUUACUCCAUUUCUAUACAUUAAAUACUAUUUUUAUGGAUGGAAGAGGAGGCUAAGAGACGAUUUAAAAAGCCUCGACUCCCUUCUUCUGAUCAA